UCAGCUAACCUCCCGUUUAUCAGACAGAAAAGGAAACCUACUAGUUUUAGAUCAUUGGGCUCCUGGAGAGGUGAAAUUUUUGGUCAUUAUUCAUAUUUAAAUAAAAUAGAGAAAACGAAGAAAUUGGGGGAAGAGUCAUACUAUUUGGGAUAUUUGCUGCCUUGAAAUUUAUGAGAACAGAACAAUGCUGCAGAAACAGAGUAAGGAGUGAGAAGUGAUGGAGACAGAAAAUGACACAGUGGUGACAGAAUUCAUCCUCCUUGGUCUGACACAGUCUCAAGAUGCUCAACUCCUGGUCUUUGUGCUAGUUUUGAUUUUCUAUCUCAUCAUCCUCCCUGGAAACUUUCUCAUCAUUCUCACCAUAAGAUCAGACCCGAGCCUCACGGCUCCCCUCUAUUUCUUCCUGGGCAACUUGGCCUUCCUGGAUGCAUCCUACUCCUUCAUUGUGGUUCCCAGGAUGCUGGUGGACUUCCUCUCUGAGAAGAAGGUAAUCUCCUACAGAGGCUGCAUCACGCAGCUCUUUUUCUUGCAUUUCCUUGGAGCAGGGGAGAUGUUCCUUCUUGUCGUGAUGGCCUUUGACCGCUAUAUUGCUAUCUGUCGGCCUUUACACUAUUCAACCCUCAUGAACCCUAGAACCUGCUAUGCAUUAUUGUUGACUCUGUGGCUUGGAGGUUUUGCCCAUUCCAUUGUGCAAGUGGCCCUUAUCCUGCACUUGCCUUUCUGUGGCCCAAAUCAGCUGGAUAACUUCUUUUGUGAUGUCCCACAGGUCAUUAAGCUGGCCUGCACUGACGUCUUCGUGGUGGAGCUCCUGAUGGUCUCCAACAGUGGCUUACUCAGCCUCCUGUGUUUCCUGGGGCUUCUGGCCUCCUAUGCAGUCAUCCUCUGCCGUGUAAGGGGGCACUCCUCUGAAGGGAAGAACAAGGCUAUCUCCACAUGCACCACCCACAUUAUCAUUGUGUUUCUCAUGUUUGGACCUGCUAUUUUCAUCUACACUCGCCCCUUCCGGGCUUUCCCAGCUGACAAAGUGGUUUCUCUCUUCCAUACAGUCAUCUUUCCUUUGAUGAACCCUGUGAUUUAUACACUUCGCAACCAGGAAGUGAAAGCUUCCAUGAGGAAGUUGUUAAGUCAGCAUAUGGUUUGCCAAAUGGAAUAGAAGAAUUAGAAAAACAAGAAAGGAAAAGUCCAGUUGAAAAUAGUUAAAUAUUUUCUUCAUUCAUGCAUUGAAUCAGUCAGUCACUUAGCAAAUACUUCAUUUAUUAAGUACUUCCCAUUUUCAGGCACUCAUCUAAGCAUAUGAAUGAGACAGGUAAGAUUCCAGUUCUUGUAGGGUUACAUUCAAGUGGAUAAAGAGGGGUUGAACUAUUAAAUUUUAUAGAAAUCAUAGUAUCAGAAAGAGAUAGUGUUCUGUAGCAAGUAAAAAAAUAGUACUCUGCUAGAGAUUAUCUGGGGAGGUGUUAAUUAUCUUACUUUUUGUUGUCCAGUAAGGUCUUCUUGAGUGAUGUGUAGCUGAUACCAAGAUGAUUUUAAAGAAACAAACUUGCAAUUAUCUUGGACAAAAAUUCUAGGCAGAGAGGAUGACUAGUCGAAGGAUCUACAGUUAUUAUGAGCUUGGUGCAUUUGAAGACCAUAAAGAGGAUAGAAUAGCUGUAGUGUAGUUAGUGAGUGUGAGAAUGGUAAGAAU